AUGUCACACACACCCUAUAGGCUAUUAUAUGGUAAGAAUUGUCAUUUACCCGUGGAGCUUGAAAAUACAGACUAUUGGGCUUUAAAAACAUCCAAUUUUGAGCCAAAUGAGUUGCGUGCCAAUAGACUAUUGCAAAUAAAUGAUUUGGAGGAAUUGAGGAAUGAGUCUUACACUAACUCAUUGAUUUAUAAAGACAAGGCUAAAAGAUGGCAUGAUGCAAGGUUGAAGGGUAAUGAGGAGUGUGAAGAAGGGAAAAAAGUUCUUUUGUACAAAUUAAAGACAAAAACUCCUUCCGGGAAAAUUACGCACUCGUUGGUCCGGGCCUUUUACAAUCAAGCAUGUAUAUCCAUAUGGGGUGAUGAGUUAUGGAGCAAGGAUGGGUCGUGCAUUAAAGUCAAUCGGCAUAUGAUCAAGAGAUACGAAGAAGGAAUGCCAAAGGAUGAAGGACUAGAAGAGGGGUUGGACUUGGAGAAAGCCGCUGCAACAUAA